CCUAGAGAUUGAGAGGCAACCAGCGCGGUGAGUCGGCGAUGGAGGCGGUCUACUUGCUUUGCUACGUCGCUUCGACCACCAUCACUUCCUCCCUCCUCUCCCUUGCCCUCGCCGUCCAAUCCAUUCGUCUCUUCUUCUGCCGCUUUGGGUCUCCAGGUCCGGAAGUGGGCGGGCGCGAGGGUGACGGCGAGGGUGACGGCGACGGCGACGGCGAUGCCGCCGUGUGGCUCUACGAGGGCCGCGUGCACCACGCGAGGCGGCGCCCUGUCGCGCAUGCAUUCGAGUAUCCUGUCCGGUACGCGCUCAUCGACCUCGAUCGCGUCCCCCAGCCUCCCCACCUCUCCGCGGACCGGGCCCGCGAGAUCGCCCACACCAACGGACCCGUGUUCCUGCUGACGAUUCCGGCGAAUAUGGGGUACGAGCAGAACCCUUUGAGUGUCUACUACUGCUACGAAGUGGCGGAAGACGAAGGACGAGAAGAAGUUGGGCCUGCGCCCAUCCUUAGGAUGUGCAUUGCCGAGGUGACAAAUACGCCAUGGGGCGAGCGGGUGUCGUUCGUCUUCUGCCCGGGAUCUGAUGUGGUUGCGAAACCCCUGCAUGUCAGCCCCUUCAUGGAUAUGCUAGGAAAUUGGUGCAUGUUUGCUGAUGCACCAGGGGAGGAUCUUUCACUUGUAAUCUCGGUCCAACACCCCACCCUUGGAAACUACUUUACUGCAACUUUACGUGCCCGAAGAGUCCAUUCAUUUGAUUCAAAUUUUCUGGCAACAUAUUUUUGGUUGAUGCCCCAUAAGGUUGCAAUGUGGAUAUACUGGCAGGCUCUCAAGCUCUGGUGGAAGAAUGUCAAAUUUUUAGAUCAUCCGAAGUAUCUAAACUCCAGAUAUAGAGAUGAUGCUGUACUACGUGAUCGGGAACUUCUCUCUCAAAAUGCUGGACAGAGCAAAAUCCUUCCAAAUUGCACAAGCAACAUGGACUUCAAAGGUAGAUGGUGUGUGUGGAGUGAAGCUCCAUGGCCAUGGUCAUGAUGCUCUUAAGGGUUUGUAUAAUUAUAGUGAAAUGGCGGAGAAUCAAUUGUAUAUGCAUUGUGUGUGAUUUCGGAAAACAAAUUGUCAUGCAAUCUAUUGUGUUUUGAUUCA